AAAGUGGUUUAUAAUUGGUUGUUGUUAGCUUAUAUUACUUAUUGCUCUGGUUUCCUUUUAGUGAUGUCACUGGAUUACUAGAUCUCAUACAUUAAUUGAUCAUUUAAGAUACUAAUUACACCUCACAGGUGGUUCUCUUCUUGUAUGGUAACCCUCCUCGUUCCAUGCUCUAAAUUUGCCUCCAAUUUUUCCUGCCAGUUAUCAUGCAAACAUUUUUGAUCAUCUUGGUAGAAAACAGAUAAAAAAGAGGCAAUGGUCAAGGUCCUAAGGUUUAAAAUGACAUUACAGCUCUCAGGUGGGUGUGGAAAAUGUGUUCCCUUUACCUGAACAUGCUUCUUUUAUGGUCUCUUCUCAUUUGCUACCUGAUGUUUUCACUCUUACCUCUCCAUAGUAUACCAAUGUUUCUCAUCUACUUCCCCCUUCCCUUCCCACCUGUCUCUAUCUAUCUGUUUGAUCACAGUGUUGGCAUGAAUACUAUUCCACUUCCUCUCCUUCCUCUUGUUUUGCCUUAACUUUAGUUGGUGGCUAUGUGAUGUAACUCUAUGCCAUUAAUUCCAGGUUUAGUUUUCCAAGUGGCAGAGGACCCAGAGAACUCCAAGGUUCCUGAACACACACAAAAAAAAGCUGUUUCCUGCAUUUAUAUACAUUUAUAGCAUCUGGCUAAUGACAAAACAUGAUAAAACUGGUAAUUUUGUCUUCCAUAAUUAUGUUUGUAUACCGCUAAUAUUCCAUAUUAAUGAUCAUAAAUAGCUGCAAUAUUAAUUAACCACACAACACACAGUGCUUUACGGUAAAUGAUUAUAUAAUGUUACAUAAAGAAUGUGGGCCGAAAAUUUUAACUUGUUUUUCCAAUGUCAACAAGCUGAUGAGUAAUAAUGGGUGGUUGAGCGAAGCACAGCCACUUCCUGCUAUCUCAGGUGAUCAAAUGCAAAUUAGCAGCAUCUGACAUUAAAAUAGAAGGAGGCAAGCUCUGAGGUUUGACUUUCAUUUCAGCUCCGCAUACAGUAACCUCCAGACAGAUGCUCUUUUACUUUUCUCUGCUCCUCAGUAUUAACUAGUAUUACAGGAACCUGAAACUGGGUAUAGAAAUACAGGAGGAAACUUUGUGAUAAAAAAUCACUUGUAUUAUUUUCUGUGUAAUUUUCAUCCUUUAAUUCUGAAGUCAGGAGAGUUGAGUGAAGAAAUACAGAAUGGAAAACUUGUGCCCAACUGGCCAGACUUCAGGUUCAUCAACACCAGGAGACUCAUCCAGGAGGAGUGAAGCUGCAGGAGACUCUCAGGGUCAGCCAGCCUGGUGUGUCUGCCAGGGAUGCAGGGAGAUGCCCUCUGACAUUGAGAAGAAGUGCUGCGACCAAGACCCCCCCAACUGCAUUGCUAUAUCAGCACUCAUGGUCUCCAACGUUUUGAAUGAAAGGGGCAGAAGAAUUGGGAAUGAUGACCGUGGGGAGAUGAACCGGCAGCGCCGCAAAGCAGCCUAUAGACGGUUUGUUGAGUGGAAGUAUGGAUCACUUGGAUCUAGAAACAGAGAAGUAAUACCAAGCUGCUGUGUAUGGAGGAUCCGCGACUGUUUCCCAGACCCUCAGGGCCAGUACACAGGCUUCAUCCCUGGCAGGGGUUACUUUGACUAAGAAUUCACAGUCAAAUCUGAGCUUCAGCUCAUCUUCAGAUUAUAGUUUGGUUUUUGUUUCUGUGGUAAAAAAAAAAAAAAAAAAAAAUUACAUUUUUGAAUAACUUCAUACAGUUGCUAAUAAUCUUAUACAGUGGUGUCACUUUACUUAAACCUCACAAAAUCAUAUUUAUAGGACAUUAUAUAUUAGAUGUAUAACCAAGAACUCAGAUUCUUCUUUCAUGCCCACCUCUUAUAAUACUUUAUAAACCUUCUUAUAAGUUGUGCAUGAUUACAAACAUUUAUAAAGAGUUUUAUUAAGCCUUGUAAAUCUCUUAUAUUGUCUUAUGAAUGUCCUCAUGCUGCAUUAUAAACAUGACCUGCAUAGAAAGAGUUAUCAGUAUGUCUACUUGUGCUGAUUUUGUUCCUUUACCACUGAAUGGCAAUAGAACCUGUGCAUCUCAGUAAAUAUUUCACAGUGUAACCCAUAGUCGUGUGCUAUAAUGGAUUUACUAAGAUGCAACUUUAAAAUAAGGAACCAGUGGGAUGUAAUCCAAUGGGCAUUGGCUGGUAAUGAUACAAUGGCUGUAUUGCACCAAUUCCAAAGAUUUUUAUGGCUAUUAAUCAUUUAAUCAUUUCCUUGUAAAUACAGUUCUUUCUUUUCACUCUUUUCUUUUACUAUAACUGUCCUUUAGCACCAAUAUACCAAGACAAAUUCCUUGUAUGUGCAAACUUACUCUGCAAUAAAGUCUGAUUCUGACUCUGA